AUCGAGGCGUCGUGGAAGACCCUCACCCCGGCCGAGCAGGAGCAGACGUUCAAGCACCUCGAGGACCUCCAGAAGAAGGACUGGAAGGAGCUCACCCUCGACGAGAAGAAGGCCGCCUACUACGUCGCCUUCGGCCCGCACGGCCCGCGUGAGCCCAUCCAGGCCAACGGCGGCAAGACCCUCGCCGGCACCCUCGCCGCCGUCGGCGUUGCGACCCUCCUCUUCUACUUUGUCCGCAAGGGCGGCAAGGAGACGCCCAAGUCGAUGUCGCGCGAGCACCAGGAGGCGGCCAACGAGAUGCUCAAGGGCCAGCGGUCGGAUCCUUACAGCGGCUUGAGCGCUUCCGGAUAUUCUGGCAAGGGC